UGUGCUGUAGGUGUACUGCUCCCUGUGCGUGACAAACGAGCAGCUUUCUGUUUGCUCCAUACACGGUUCAUUUUUCUUUUCUGUGUUUGAUCAAAUAUCUUUUUCCAACUGUUUACCUUCAUUUGUUUACUUUUACCUUCUCUGCUGAGUUCACGGUCCAGGCUCUGCAGAGGACUUUGCACUGGAAAUUAAGUUAAUGCAGUUUUAAAAACUUUCAACAAUAAUCAAACAGAGGACAACAAUUGGAGGAUUUUUUUUUAAUUUUAUUUCUGUAAGCAUCAUCUGUGUGAUUUGAAGAGGGAACACCUGGAACACCUGUUGCACCUGCCUACCUGCUGUGGACUCCUGAGCACUGCUUUGCUGCUGGACUCCCUGUGUGAUCAUAAAGCAGAUAUCCACAAUGAAAGCCUGAAAACCAGCAGAGUGUUAACAGCAAAGAGAGGAAGUUGAUUCACACCAGAUUUUACUUUGGGAGGAAAGAUGGAGUUGACGGGUCGAAGGGCAAAACGUCUGGCACUGCUUUUACUAGUUGCGGUGUGUGUGCAGGCGGACUUUGUGGAGCCUCCUCAGCCCGACACCUCGCUGCGCUCCUUGGCCGAGAGCGAGACCCGGCUGCCCUGUCACUACCAGGUGGCAAAAGAGGAGAAGGUGGUGCAGGUCACCUGGUACAAGGAGCUCGCAGACGGCAACAAGGACCAGAUCAUCACCGCCCACUUCGUGGACGGACACACGGAAUUCGGGCGUUACUCCGGCCGGGUGAGGUUUGAGAGUGGGAGCCCCACGGUGAACUCGGCUCUGCUCAUCCCCAGCACGGAGAGGUCGGACGAGGGCAGCUACACUUGCCACAUCUCCACCUUCCCCAACGGGAACUUUGAGAGGCAUAUCUCGCUCACCGUAUGGAGUCUACCCAUCUCCUCCCUGGACCCCGUUCUCCUGGUGGAGGGCCAGUCGUUCCGUGUGGCGGCCUCCUGUCGGGCCGUGGGCCACCCGCCUCCUCGGCUCUCCUGGGACACCGAGCUGCCGGGCCAGUCCCAAAACCGCUCCAAUGAGGGCACCGUGUCCAGCUUCUACUCCCUGCACCCGCUGCGCAGCAUGAACGGGAAGAAGCUGGACUGUCUGGUGUGGCACCCCGGCUUGAAGCAGCCGCGCAGGAUCUCCAACAGCCUGGUGGUCCAAUACCCCCCAGACGCCACCAUCUCUGCUGGUACGGGGGACUGGUUCGUGGGUUUGGAGAAAGCUGAGCUGGUCUGCGACAGCGGCGGAUACCCCAAACCUCAGAACAUCACCUGGACAUGGAAAGGAGGACCGUUGCCGGAUAGGGCGUCUGUGGUUGGAGGAAAACUUGUGUUUGGACGGGCCCUCCGCAUGAAUGACAGCGGGGUCUAUGAGUGUGUGGUCAGGAACAACGUCGGAGUAGGAAAAACAGAGUAUGUCUUCACAGUGAAAGAGACAUCUCAACAGAAGGGCCCCAUCGACAACCUGCUGCUGAUCAUUAUUGGUGCUUCAGCCGGAGUGUUGGUUCUGGUCCUGGUCAUGGUCGUCCUGCUGGUCAACCGCCACCAUCGACACAAAAACAAAAAGCUUGAGAUGGAGCUCAGCGAAAAAACAGAGGAAAUGCAAAGCUUCUCCAGGCAAGCCUCCUUCAGGAGACUGAACUCCGUCAGCACAGACCCCAGAGUGCAGUCUGAAGAUUACGCUCUGCUCAGAGUAGACAGCCGGAUGAAAAGCAGCCAGAUGUCUCUGGAGCGACCCUACAAAGGCAGCCAGUCCACUCUGGGUGGGAAGUGGGGUCCUCCGGGUGGGGUGGAGGUGGACGAGCUGGGACGCCCCGUCGUCUGGCACGACGGCAGAGAGAGCCAGAGAGGAGCAGAGAUGGACAGAGAGAAGGAGGAGCGCAGGAGGAGGGUGGAGUCGUAUCUGAAGAGCAGCAACAUGUCACUGGACUCAGGUCUGCCCUCUUCCCUGGUUCCCCUGAAGGCCCCGCAGGACGAAGGCGCCGGACCCAGAGAACCAGACCUGCCCCACCUCAGAGAGGGAGCCCCGCCAGGAGAGGACUGGGCUCCCACCCCGUCGGUUGUCGAGGAACACGAGGACGGCGGUGACAGCAGCUCCUACCAGCUCUCGGAGGCGCUCACCAAUCACUUCUACUACAGUAACGGUGUCCUCAGGCCCAGGCCGCACUCCAACGCCACCCUGCUGCACCCUAGAGGACAGAUCAUCUAGACCACGGACCCUUAUACAAAACACGAGAGGGGAGAAAGCUUGCCUGCAUCCAAACUUUUAUUUUUUUUUGGCCUUAGGGCUUG